AUGGCGUGUAACCCCGCAACAAUAGCCUGGAGAGCCAGCGUCCGGGCUCGUGCCCUUCCUACCUCCCGCUUGAGCCAACGGCCGUCGGCAUUGCUACAGAAGGCCCAGCGCUACCCCGGUGCUUCGCGAUAUGCUUCGGACGCGGCUGCGCCCGCUGAGGCAGCCAAGGAGACAGUGAAGGAUGCUACAAAGGAGGCCGCCAAGGAGAUCCCUCGCAAAGCGGGCCGUGGCUCCAAGAAGGCCUUGUAUGGUGCCUCAUUGGCUUUGACUCUGCUGGUGGGCUAUAUCUAUGGAACCGACACCAGGGCUAGUAUCCACAGAUACGGUAUUGUGCCCUUGAUCCGCCUCUUGUGGCCCGAUGCGGAGGACGCGCACCACACUGGCGUGGAGAACCUGAAGAUGCUCUACAAAUAUGGUCUUCACCCACGCGAGCGUGGCGACCCGGACAGCGAUGGUGCUCUGGAAACUGAGGUCUUUGGGUACACCCUCUCCAACCCCAUCGGUAUCUCCGCCGGUCUGGAUAAGCAUGCCGAGGUCCCUGAUGCGCUGCUCGAUAUCGGUCCCGCCAUCGUCGAGGUGGGCGGCACUACCCCGCUACCACAGGAAGGAAACCCCAAGCCUCGAGUGUUCCGACUGCCCUCGCAACACGCCAUGAUCAACCGUUACGGCCUCAACUCCAAGGGCGCCGACCACAUGGCGAAGGUGUUGAAGCAGCGCGUCGCUGACUUCGCCUACGCCGCCGGAUUUGGCACACACGAACAAUCCGAGCAGCGCGUCUUGGACGGUGAAGCCGGUGUCCCACCCGGAAGUCUGGUCCCCGGCAAGCUUCUCGCCGUGCAAGUUGCCAAGAACAAGCUCACACCAGAUGGAGACAUCGAAGCUAUCAAGCGCGACUACGUCUACUGCGUGGACCGAGUGGCCCGCCGCCGCACCCUCACAGCAAUCUUGAAGGCGGUCGUCGCUUCCGCCAAGAACGUCGAGCGCAAGACCAAGCCCUAUGUGAUGGUCAAGGUCAGCCCAGACGAGGACUCCAACGAGCAGAUCUCCGGCAUCUGCGAGGCUGUCUGGAACUCCGGCGUCGACGGCGUGAUCGUCGGCAACACCACCAACCGUCGGCCCGAUCCCGUGCCCCAGGGCUUCGUCCUCCCCGCCGAAGAACAGAAGACCCUCAAGGAAACUGGCGGCUACUCCGGACCCCAGCUGUUUGACCGCUCCGUUGCGCUCGUCGCCCGCUACCGCGCCCUGCUUGACCAGGGACCUCCAUCUGCGACCGAGUCGGAUAAGUCAGUAGAGAAGGUCUCUGAGCUUCCUCGGAAGGUCAUUUUCGCUUCCGGUGGUAUCACUACCGGCAAGGAGGCGCGCGCGGCUCUUGAUGCCGGCGCUUCCGUGGCUAUGAUGUACACCGGUAUUGUCUACGGUGGUGUUGGCACUGUUACGCGGGUCAAGCAGGAGCUGCGUGAAGAGCUGCAGAAGAAAUAA